ACUAAACUAUGAUCUCAUUCAGACGUGCAGAAUUUAUUACUACAAUGGAUCACCUGUUAGUUAUCAUUGACUGUGAUAGAGUGACGUUCGUUUGGGAAGGAGCAUCCAAAAAGUCUACCUCUAUACUUCAACACUCGUUUUAGACCAUGUUUCACAAGGAGUCACAUGAAUUUUGGCCCAGACUAAAAUUCUUCUCAUUAACUUUCCUAAAAACCCGAAAUCCUAUAAAAAUUCGUUACACCUCGCAGUGCUUAUUGGCACGUAUUUUCAAUAAAAUGUUCUACUCAGCAAGACGACAUGGCGCUGAACAUUACGUUCGAAUAAAAAUACAUACUGUUAAGCACUAUGGAAUGUACCAAGUAUUCAUAGCAAUAAAGUUUUUUAUAUGAGGAUUAACGAGAGUCUCCUUUUUAGACAAUAUACUGCAGUUAAAAUAGCUCCACGUUAUCACAAUGCUCCGGUUAUACAUGUAUUAGAUGCAUCAAAAAGUGUUGUUGUUUGUGGAAAUCUUCCUAGUAAAGAUAAAAAAGAUGAUUAUUUAGAAGAAAUAGCUGAAGAAUAUAACGAUAUUCGUGAUGAUUAUUAUGCAAAUCUUAAACAGAUACGUACUAUACCAAUAAAUGAUGCACGAAAAAAACGAUGGAUUAGUGAAAAUGAAAAUUUUAAUAUAACUAAACCAACAUUUUUAGGUGAUGAUAUACUUAUAUUUGAUCCGCAAGAUUCAACAAAACAAAUCUCAACAUUAUUUGGUUUACGGCAACAAACUGAACGUGAUUCAAAUGUUUAUAUGUAUUUAUCAGAUUUUAUAUCAUCAACUACAAUUGAUUAUAUUGGACUUUUUGCAUUAGCUGUUUUUAAUGUUGAACAAGAAGCACAAAGAUUAGUACAAAAAGAAACUGAUGAUUAUUCAUCGAUUAUAUUAAAAUUAUUAGGUGAUCAUUUAACUGAAGCAUAUUUACUUUCAGUUAAAUAUCAAGGUAUUCGUCCAGCUGCUGGUUAUCCAACAAAACCAGAUCAUACGGAAAAAUUAACAAUAUGGAAAUUAUUAAAUGCAAAAGAAUCAAUUGGUAUUGAAUUAACGAAAUCAGUUGCUAUGCAACCAUCAUCAGCUGUUUCCGAACUUUAUGUGGCUCAUCCAGAAUCAACUUAUUUUGUUGUUGGAAAAAUUAAUGAAGAUCAAGUACGUGAUUAUGCCAAUCGAAAAGGAAUGUCAAUAAAAGAAAUUGAAAAAUGGUUAUCAUCAAUUUUAGCUUAUGAUGUUGAUUCACAACAAUAG